GAGCCAGUCAACCUUCACAAACACAGAACCUCUGCCACUGUCACUAAACCAUUUGCUUUAAUAUCUCAAAUAAAAGUUAGCAGCACCAAACAGCUCCCAGAUUUCGGAGUGCAUUGACCAGGAGAGCUCACUGCAAAAAGAUGUCAUUAGAGCCAAUAACUGCUGUGAACUGUGCCAGCCUUGUGCAACCAGGCUUCUCCUUACUAGAGCUGGAGGGUGAUGUUUACCUCUUUGGUCAAAAGGGCUGGCCGAAACGCUCAUGUCCAACUGGUGUAUUUGGUGUCCGCAUAAAAAAUGGAGAACUUAAGCUGCGAGCCAUUUCAUUUUCAAACAACUCUUGUUAUCUCCCUCCCCUCCGAUGUCCUGCGGUAGCUCAUUUUGAGCCUUGUGAUGGCAGCCCUGAAUGUUACCUCAUUCAUGGUGGCCGAACUCCUAACAACGAACUGUCUUCAAGUCUCUACAUGUUGAGUGUAGACAGUAGAGGAUCUAAUCGUAAAGUCACAUUGCAAUGUCAAGAAAAAGAGCUGGUUGGAGACGUCCCUAGCGCUCGAUACGGCCACACCCUCAGCGUGAUCCAUAGCCGAGGGAAGACCGCCUGCGUUCUGUUUGGCGGCAGGUCCUAUAUGCCCCCCACCGAAAGGACCACAGAGAACUGGAACAGUGUGGUGGACUGUCCACCUCAAGUCUUUCUUAUUGACCUAGAGUUUGGUUGCAGUUCAGCCCACACCCUCCCCGAGCUCACAGAUGGGCAGUCAUUUCACGUAGCUCUAGCGAGAGAGGACUGUGUCUACUUUCUGGGCGGUCACAUCCUCAGCUCUGAUUGCCGACCACCUCGCUUGAUCCGCCUACGUGUGGAGCUUCUCCUAGGAAGCCCUGUCAUCACCUGUAAUGUUCUUCAAGAAGGUCUCUCCAUCACCAGUGCCAUAACCUCUCCCGUUGGCUAUCAUGAGUACAUUAUUUUAGGCGGGUACCAGUCUGAGACUCAAAAGCGCAUGGAGUGCACCUACAUUGGCCUGGAUGAUGUCGGAGUCCACAUGGAGCCACGCGAACCUCCGCAGUGGACCAGUGAAAUAAGCCACAGCCGUACUUGGUUUGGUGGCAGCCUGGGCAAAGGAAGUGCCUUGUUUGCAGUCCCAUCAGAAGGAAACCCAACCCCACCAGAAGCCUACCAUUUCUACCAGGUAAACUUCCAGAAGGAACCAGAUGGAGAAGCAUCAACUCAGGGAUGCAGCCAGGAGUCCACUGACUUUGAGGACUCUGCACCUUUGGAAGACUCCGAGGAGCUCUACUUUGGCCGAGAGCCUCACGAGCUGGAGUUUAGCAGCGAUGGAGAGGGUGCCACUUACAAUGAGGAAGAUGAGGAGGAUGAAUCUCAGACAGGCUAUUGGAUCAAGUGCUGCCUCUCCUGUCAGGUGGACCCCAACACCUGGGAGCCCUACUACUCUACUGAGCUCACCCGACCUGCCAUGAUCUACUGCUCCAGGGGUGAAGGUGGACAUUGGGUCCAUGCCCAGUGCAUGGAGCUCCCUGAAAACCUUUUGCUUCGCCUCUCUCAAGGCAAUAGCAAGUAUUUCUGUCUGGAUCACGGAGGCCUGCCCAAGCAGGAGAUGACUCCACCACGCCAGAUGUUGCCAUUGAAGAGAGUCCAAAUGAAGAUGACCCAUCGCAAGGCUCCAGUCUCACUGAAAAUGACCCCAGCUAAGAAGAGUUUUCUGCGAAGACUUUUUGACUGAAAUGUUGUUGUUCUGUUCUGUUAUAUAUCAUGAUAUAAUAUCAUUUUACAUUGUUGUUGAAGCUUAUUUUGUUGUUCAUUUUAAGAAUAUAAAUAGAUUUUUAUAUUAACAAAAAUUGGAGAAGUGUAUUUUUCAUACUGAUAAAAACAACAGAAAUGAAUGGUUAAAUCAAUGAAAAUGCUUAUGGCAGUAUUAAAUGCAUUUUUUUUACAGAUCUUGUUUAUUAUUACUAAGCUGAUUGUUGCUUUUUUAAAUGUGGGGGAAAAUUGUAGAGUAUGAUUUUCUGCUUUAAUAAAGAUAAUUAUGGAGAGAUUA